GCCCAGAGCUGAGCCUCUGCCCAGAACUCCAGGCAGCAACUCAAGGCACUUUGCAGCUCCAGGGAGAGUCGGGGAACCUGUGCGCCUGGCUGUCCCUGGGUCCCUCUGCUGGGCUGGCUGCUGGUGGCACCCAGCCCCCACCCCCCGCAGCUGCUCCUGGCCACCCUGGGAGUGACCCCCUUUUGCAGAGCCGUCCUCCCCACUGCCCUGAGCUCAGCAUGCUUCCAGGAAGCUUCUGGAAUUUCUUGCUGCUGGAGUGCUGUCUCCUCUCCCUGGGGCUGUGUGCUGCGCCCUUCUCCAGCUUCGCCCCCUCUCUCAGGAGCGGCCGCGGCGCUGCCUGCAGGCUGUCCAGGUCGGAGUCGGAGCGGCGCUGCAGGGCCCCGGGGCAGCCACCAGGGGGCGCGCUGUGCCACGGCCGGGGCCGCUGUGACUGCGGAGUGUGCAUCUGCCACGUGAGCGAGCCGGGCACCUUCUUCGGGCCCCUGUGUGAGUGUCACGACUGGGUGUGCGAGACCUAUGACGGCAGCACCUGUGCAGGCCAUGGGACCUGUGACUGUGGAAAGUGCAAGUGUGACCCAGGGUGGUCAGGAGAUGCCUGCCAGUACCCGACUCACUGUGAUCUGCCCAAGAAAAAGAGCAGCCAGAUGUGCAAGAAUUCACAGGAUGUCAUCUGCUCGAAUGCAGGUACAUGUCACUGUGGUAGAUGUAAGUGCGACGAUUCCGAAGGAGGUGGACUCGUGUAUGGUAAAUUUUGUGAGUGUGAUGACAGAGAAUGCAUAGACGAUGAGACAGAAGAAAUCUGUGGAGGCCAUGGCAAGUGUUACUGUGGAAACUGCUACUGCGAGGCUGGUUGGCAUGGAGAUAAAUGCGAAUUCCAGUGUGCGGUCACCCCCUGGGAGAGCAAGCUGAGAUGCACAGCUCCAGAUGGCCAGGUCUGCAGUAACCGAGGGACUUGUGUGUGUGGGGAAUGUUCUUGCCAUGAUGUUGACCCAACUGGAGACUGGGGGGACAUCCAUGGUGACACCUGUGAGUGUGACGAGCGGGACUGCAGAGCCGUUUAUGACAGAUACUCUGAUGACUUCUGUUCAGGUCAUGGGCAGUGUAACUGUGGCAGAUGUGACUGCAAGGUGGGCUGGUCCGGGAAGAGGUGUGAGCACCCACAGUCAUGCCUGCUGUCUGCUGAGGAAAGCGUCAAGAAGUGUCAUGGAAGCUCCCAGCUGCCUUGCUCCGGAAGAGGUAAAUGCGAAUGUGGCAAGUGCUCCUGUUAUCCACCUGGAGACCGCAGGGUCUACGGCAAGACCUGUGAGUGUGAUGACCGGCGCUGUGAGGACCUGGACGGUGUGGUGUGCGGAGGACAUGGCGCAUGUUCCUGCGGUCACUGCGUGUGUGAGAGAGGCUGGUUUGGCAAGCUCUGCCAGCACCCACGGAAGUGCAACAUGACUGAAGAACAAAGCAAGAGUCUGUGUGAAUCAGCAGAUGGCAUGCUGUGCUCAGGAAAAGGCUCUUGUCACUGUGGAAAGUGCAUUUGCUCUGCGGAAGAAUGGUAUAUUUCUGGAGAAUUCUGUGACUGCGAUGACAGGGACUGCGAUAAACACGACGGCCUCAUCUGCACAGGGAAUGGAAUAUGUAACUGUGGAAACUGUGAAUGCUGGGAUGGCUGGAAUGGUAACGCCUGUGAAAUCUGGCUUGGCACAGAAUACCCUUAACAAUUACACAGAAGACUGGAUUCUUAAUUUUUCCCCCCAAGUUCAUUAGAACAUUUCAAUGAAAAGGAAUCCAUAUAUAAUCCCUACUAGGGCAGGUCCAGUAGACUGUGCUUGGAUGCUUUUCCUGUUUCUGAACACCAGGAUGAAAUUUGGGUCCCCAUUAAAAAUGAGUAAAGCAAACACUGAUGGCAAUGACA